CCACACACAGAGGACCUGGAGCCCAUGCUCUUCGUCCUCUUUCUGUCCUUCUACAUCUUCACCCUCAUGGGCAACCUGCUCAUCCUGCUGGCUAUCGUCUCUCCACACAGCUUCACACGCCAUGUACUUCUUCCUGUGCAAGCUGUUUUCGACAUCUUUUUCCCUUCUGUGAGUUCCCCCAAGAUGCUGUUCUACCUCUCAGGUGGCAGCCGAGCCAUCUCCUAUGCAGGCUGUGUGUCCCAGCUCUUCUUCUACCACUACCUGGGCUGCACCAAGUGUUCCCUGUACACGGUGAUGGCCUACGACUGCUUCGUGGCCAUCUGCUACCUGCUGCGCUACAGAGUCAUCCCCACCCCCAGGCCCUGGCUCAACGCGACUGUUCAGGUCUUGAAUAACCUGGUCACGCCCAUGCUGAACCCCCUGAUCUACAGCCUCAGGAAUAAGGAGGUGAAAGCAUCACUAAGGAAGGCCCUGCAUCAGCUGGGCUUCCUUCCUGAGCAGCUGUAG